AUGCGCUCGGCCGGGCGGAGCGGGCACAGCGCGCUCAGCAUGCUGCCAUCCUUUGGAUUUCUCUUUGACAUUGAUGGGGUGCUGGUGCGAGGGAGGACCCCCAUUCCUGCUGCCAGAACAGCCUUUCGAAAGCUGGUCAACUCUCAGGGACAGUUCCUGGUGCCCGUGGUCUUUGUCACCAACGCGGGGGACUGCCUGCGCCAGAAAAAAGCUGACCAGUUGUCUCACCUGCUGGGGGUUCCAAUUUCCCAAGAUCAAGUGAUGAUGUCACACAGUCCUCUGCGGAUGUUCAAGAGUUAUCAUGAAAAAUGUGUCCUGGUAUCUGGGCAAGGACCCCUUCUUGAUAUUGCUCAAGACCUUGGUUUCUGCCAGCCCAUCACCAUUGACACCCUGCGGGAGAAACGCCCUCUGCUCGAUGCAGUUGACCAUGACAGAAGACCCAGCAUCCUGUCCCCAUCUGCUGUGGAGCUUCCCAAGAUUGAGGCUGUGGUGCUAUUUGGGGAGCCAGUCAGAUGGGAGACCAGCCUGCAGCUGAUAAUUGAUGUUCUGCUGACAAGUGGCUAUCCUGGAAAUCCCUAUGGGCAGGAAAACUACCCUCACAUUCCCGUGCUGGCCUGUAACAUGGACCUGAUGUGGGUGGCUGAGGCACAGUCCCCAAGGUUUGGCCAUGGAACGUUCAUGGUUUGCUUGGAAAACAUUUACAAGAAGAUCACUGGCAAAGAGCUGAAGUAUGAGGCGUUGAUGGGCAAGCCCAGCAGGCUGACAUACCAGUGUGCAGAGCACCUGAUCCGGGCCCAGGCCCUGCAGAGGAGCUGGGAGCAGCCCAUCCAAACCCUCUAUGCUGUGGGGGACAAUCUGAUGACGGAUGUGUACGGAGCUAACCUGUACAACCGCUACCUGCAGGAGAGCUCCAGGACUGGCUCCAAACCCCUCCUGCAGGCCAAGGCUUCAGCAGGCAGAGCCCUGCUGCUCCCCCGGGCCCAUGAGGCUGGCCUCAGCUGGCAGAAGCAGCUGGCACCCGCAGCUGCUGCCCGCUGCCGCUCUGUGCUGGUCUGCACCGGGGUGUACAGCCCCCAGGGCCAGCUGGCCCUGCCCGCCCAGGACAGCGGCACUGAGAACGUCUUCCACGGGCACAGGGAUUUCACCUUCGACCCCGGCCUGGUGGAGCCAGACCACAUCGUGCCAGAUGUGGAUGCUGCUGUAGACCUGGUCUUCCAGCUGGAGAACUUUGCACCUCAUUGAGGUACAUGAUUUCUUAAGGACCCACUCCGUGCUGUGCUUUUCUUGCCCAAAACACACUGUGCUUUACAAGAGUGCCACAAACUGCUGCCUUCUAAGUUUUUUGCCCUCUGAAUUAAUACAACCUUCUAUUAGGUAUGCUUAUCAGUAGUACAUGUAGGUACAUGUGUGUAUUUAAUUAUAUUAAAUGUCAAUAAUGCUUUUUAUAGAGCUUCUAAAUAUGUAAUUUAUGGCUGGAGUUGCUCUUUACUGUCUUCCUCUUUGUUAUCUAGGGACUUCAACAGCAAUAUUUCAUAGUAGCCUAUUCAUGUACUGGUACUUAAAUCCCUUCACGACAGUACCUCCUAUUUUUUGCUGGAAGAUUUAGCUUUUAGGUGUUGAGGAUCUUGAGGAUAUCAGAUUGUGGCGCUGGGGUUACUCAGCCCACUCCACGUGGGCUGGCACAGAGCACAACUUGUAUUAUUGCCUGGCAUUCUGCAAGUACUGAAUGCUCCCUUCAAUCAGAGGGCAGUUCAGUUUGUUCCACCUUGGACUUGCUCUCAUCUGACCUGCUGCUGCCUUUCCUCGUGUCUCUUUUCCCAUGUCCCUGGAGUUUUGUUGCUCUUCUCUGCUGUGUGAAUCCUUAACUGUGUUGGAACUCCCUAGUCCUGGAAGGGAAGCAGAUCUGGGUGCCCUCUGCAGCCUUUUUGCUCUUUGCCUUUCUAUCUCCACUUUAUUUUUUUGCACUUUUUAAAUUUUUUUUUUUAAUUUUUUUAAGGAAUUGUGAACCUUAGAAAGCUUUAGCAGUUUUGUUUCAUGUGUUUCUGUGAGUUGGGACUUUACACUGAAUCAGUGACUACUGCUCAGCCAAAAAGUGCCUCCUAAUUUACUUGAAGCCACUGUGGUAAUUAACUGGCCUUUAGUGUAAUAUAUUUAAUCUCAUGUCAAUGUUAUGUGUUGUUUGGUUCAUGGAUUUUAUAGCUGUUUGUUUAAAAAGAAAAAGUAAUUUAUUUUUUGUUAUUUUUGUAAAAUGCUUCUAAAGUUUUCAUCCCAAAGAUGCCUUUGAAAAUAUUUCUGUGUUAUUUGUUAUAACACAGAAGCUUGUGACAUAAGCUUGGAAAACAUAACCCAAUUAAUUGUUUUAAGCCAAAGUCAAUUUACACACAAAGAUCAAUUCACAUUAGGGACUAGUUAGGUUUUUAAGAUGGGUUUUUAAGGUUUUUUUCUUAAAUUAGGAAUUGUACAAACGAAACCUGGGAGUUCAUUUCUGCCAGGUUCCUGCAGGGCUGUCAGAAUGACUUCCUGGCCAAAUCCUUCCCUGCUCCUUAUCCCAACAGCAACUCUGAGAGCUCCCAGCUGCUGUGCAGUCAGAUUUUGUUGCUGUGUUUCCUCUCUUUGCAGAGCACUGUAAUCCCCUCUCCACUGUCAGGAUUGUUGAUUCAUCUCUUGUAAUGUUUCCUAAGCAGCUCUCGGUGUCUCGCUGGAUGCAGUGUAGGGACACUGCUCUGAACAGUUCAUUUCCUGCUCCUUCACUGGAAACGUAUUUACAGCAGCACAUUCUUGCCUUUUUAUUGGUACAAUGAACAGAUAUCCACCUGUUUCUUUAGAUACCCACCUCUUUCUUUACUUUCCUGUAAUAUACCAAGUAUUUGCAAAGAACGCCAAAUCCAAGUAAAGAUUGUAAUUUUGGAAGGUCAGGGUAAUUUGAAGUCACAUUGUUUCAGUACUAAAACAUGUUAUAAAACUCUCUAACUUUACCAGAAUUGGUGAAACAAGGAAUAAAAAUGUUUGAAGGUGCUGAAGAACAAAA